AUGGAGGUCGCCGAGAGCAGAGAACAAGCCUCCGUUGGUCCGACCACGGGGGCGGACUCCAGCAUUGCCAAUGGCGAGCGGAAUCCGUACCUGGACGACCCUCUCAUGGACGAUGGACGCUCAAGUAGCUUGAGUGAGAUUGAUGACGUUUCCGACGACGAGCCGUCGGACCUCGACGAGGACCUCGUCGAACCAGAGAAGUCUUCGGUGCUAGAGAAUGACUCGGAAGCCGAGACCGAGCGCAUCGAGGACUCCCCACAACACUUUCGAAAACGAGACAUUGUGGUGAGCGCGGGGAGCGUUGGGCCUAGUCCCAGCAAGCUUCACCAGUCCACCACGCUCGAUGAUUUCGACGACGAAACGCCUCUGGCGGACGAUUCGCCCACCAAAACUCGCUCUUCCAAAAAUAACGGUAUCACCGACGAUGACCCCGACCUAGAUGACUCCGAGCUUCCUGAUAGCGUCAGCAAGAAACGAAAACGCGUCGACGUGGGUGACGACACCGGAACCGAAGUCGGCGACGAAGAAGAGCCUCUCAAAAAACGCCGUAGCUCGAUCAAGAGCGAUCUGAGUGACCCGAUCGACGAUGAUACCCCGCUAUCGCCGGAGCCGAUCGAAGAUCCCAUUGUCGCGAACGAGGACGACACGCUCGCCGACGAUGUCCCCGAGUUAGACCUUCCCAUCGCACAGCCCAGCACCAAGAAGAGUAAAAGGGCCAAGCGAAAAGGAGGACGAAGAGCGCGAGAUGUGGAUGAAGAUACUGAAACAGGUGGUGCUGAGACGGCAGCAGACGACGUCGUUGAUGAGAACCUUGGAGAAGACGAGGAGACUGCGGAACGUGUCGACGAGGCUGACGAUACUGAGACCGCGGCCAAAGCGGAAGAAGAGUCUGCGAAGAAGAUGUCUGCCAUGGAGUCCUUGGCGACACUAGAGAAGGAGUUCGCAACAUUGCGUGACAAGAUUUACGAUGAACGGAUAUCCAAGCUGAAUCGCGAAUUGGAGAUGCUGACUGGACCAAAACCCACCCAUCCCGAGUACCUGCGACAGGUCGAGUGUGUGCAACGUUACCGGGAUGCCAAGAUCAAAUAUGAGCACACCUUGUUCCAAUACCGAUUGAAGUCACUGUUGAACAAGGGGCUGGCGGAACGAUCCCAGGCGCACAGCACAUAUUUCCAGCGCAUCCGAGACGUGCGGGAACGGCACUCGAGUGCGAUGAGCAAACAAUUCUAUGCGAUCCAACACGAUCGCUUCAAGACUGACGAGCUCAGCCCGCACCAUAUCAUUCCCUUCCCGACCCGCCGAUCGCAGCAGAUCUCACAUCAAACCGCGUAUAACCAUGAGGUAUCUGUCAUGGCUGGUGUCGCAAAGUAUGUCGGCUUCCCAGCUGCACCGACCUUGCUUGGGGCGCGUCCUUCGGAGUUGGAUGAUGAUCUAGAGAAGAUGGGGAUAUCUGUCGAAUCUCGAGUCUCAGCGCCGCGGCCUUCAACAUUACAGCCCCGGGUGGCCAUGUCGUCCAUGUCCUCUAAUGUGUUUCGCACCGCUGCCGAGGAAGCGUUUCUGGAACAAACACCGUGGGCCAACCCGCAGCACCCAAUCCAUCAACAACAGAUGCAGCAGCAGGCACAACGACCGCAGGCAUCAUCAUAUACUACUCCCGCGGCGCAAAAGCGAGUAGUGGACAUCAAUGCGCCAAACGGAUCGGCAUCGACCAUUCCCGAAAAUCCCUCUGCCGCGAACUCCUCGGCGAACAAUACGCCAUACGGCACGGAACAGGAGCCUCGACAACCGCAGGGACCCUUCAGUAACCCGGAUUAUGACGCCGAGCGUAAACCCGGGUAUCGAGAUCCAAGCUCUUCCCCGCUGGACGUGCGAAAACCCCAACCACAUCCGAGUCACGCCUUUGUCGAAGGCUCCACCCGCAACCCCAUCUUCUCCCCACCUCCCGCUCGACCAGGCCUCUUUCAACCGUCUAGCAGCAUGAAGCGGGAUACGUCGCCAUCGCUCCCACCCAAACCCGUCGAUUCAGUCCAUUAUCGCCCUCAUCAAUCCGCGGGAAUCUCCACUGGGUCUGGCUCGAACCACAUGUCGGCCCGGUAA